AUGGUGCCUUCCGGGCCGUGUCGAUCUCGAGCGGAAAGACGCGGCGUGAUGUCGCCGCGCCGUCUCGCGCCCCUGCUGAUCCUCGGGACGAUCCUCGCCGGGCUGACGAGCACCGCCGCCGCGGAUAGGAUGAGCGGCCUCUACGUUGACAACGGUUUCGACCAGACGGUGGUGCACAGGGUGGUCAGCCAACGGGAGAAACGCGAGGUCGAGCACGAGAUAUUGAAUCUACUUGGGCUGCCGGAUCGGCCGAGGACCACGGCUGGCAGGCCGCCGCAGGUCAAGAGGUCGGCGCCCAAGUUUCUCCUGGACAUAUACAAGAACGCUCUCGGCGAGGACGAAGACGAGAAACCGAUCGCCGAGCAACGUAGGGCCGGCGAGUUUGACCUCACCGGUCAGGAUCUCAGGGCCAUCGACCAGAGCGACGUCAUCAUGACCUUUACCGCGCACAAUCAUCAUGUUCCUGGGGUGAGGCACGAGCGCGGCAAGAGGCUCUGGUUCGACGUCUCCGAGGUACCACCUGGAGAACACAUAAUCGGUGCGGAGCUUAGGCUCUAUCGUAGCAUGGACGUGAAGAAUCGAAGAAACCGUGGAUCGUACAUGAUCACGGCCUACCGAGUCCUGAGAACCGAAGACGGAACGAGGGAGUUGCAGUACGUAGAUGCCGUUAACACGACAACGGGGAAAGAGGGGUGGUUGACUUUAAAUGUUAGCGAGCCCCUCGCCCAUUGGGUGAACAAUCCCGAGGGAAACAAGGGAUUGUAUCUCUCGGUACAUCCUGCGGAUCGUUCCGUGCACGAAAUGAGACCGGAGGACGUUGGGAUCGUCGGAUUCAGGGGUGAUCCCGACAAACAGCCCUUCAUGGUAGGGUACUUCAAGAGCUCUGGCAUCAGGGAGUCGAAGGUUCGACAGAAACGGGACGCCAGGAGAAGAAAAAAGAGCGAGUCCUCGAGUUUGGAUUAUCGGAAUAAUCCGUACACCGAUCCUGGUGUGCAGUAUAACUCGAGGACCUGCAAAAUCCAAACGUUGUACGUCAGCUUCAGGGACCUCAAGUGGCAGGACUGGAUCAUAGCACCGGACGGGUACGACGCAUAUUAUUGCAGCGGUGAAUGCAAUUUCCCUUUGAACGCUCACAUGAACGCGACCAAUCACGCGAUCGUCCAAACGUUGGUGCACCUGGUGAGUCCUGGUAAGGUACCAAAGCCAUGUUGCGCGCCGACCAAGCUCUCACCGAUCUCCGUGCUGUAUUUCCUCGACGAAAGCAACGUUAUACUGAAGAAGUACAAAAACAUGGUCGUCAAGAGCUGCGGUUGCCACUGAUCGUCCCGUGAUUAGCAAGCGUGCGCGGACACCGCACUCGAAUCGAGUAGAACGUACGUAAACGACACCGAUUCGACUGGAUUUUCAUGUCGAAUCGACUAAUAACCAUCGGUUCGGAAAUCCAUUCGAUCGGCGAAGGGAUCGAGUAACCUUUAACGACGAAGAACCGAAUGUCUAACGUUUCCAACUACUUGAUACUUAUCAUGAUAUUACUGGAACACGGAUUCUGUUCUCGUACGUCGCUGGCAGUCUAUUAUUAGAUAACGGAAUUAUUUAUUGAACUCGUCGAUUCGUGUCCUCGAGCGAUUUUCAAUCGUCCAAUAUUUCAAUUAUCCUUUCUUAAUACACGACGUUUCCUGGGAAUCGUUUAAAUUAGUGUUUUCCGAACUUAGCCGGGCCGUUUUAUCAAUUUUAACCGAGAUGCUUCAGUUUCAGCCUCGAAGAAAGCGUUAGACAAAUUUCUCACAUCCGAGGAGGUAUUCUACUAUACUAUUUAUUGUAUCGUAAACAUUUGGAAGAAUCGACUCCCUUUUACGUUUUCAAAAUCUUAGUUUCUUUCAUUUAUUGUAGCCCACGAAAAGAAUACAAAUCUUUUAACGUGUUUUACUUGAAAUUAUAUUGUCUCAAGAAUGAUUGGCACAAGAUUUCGUCCACAUAUUCAGCACACAUCAUUACAAUACUAAAAUCCCCUGGAAUAGUACUAGAGUACCCCAUGUAUUAACACGUUAACUGCCAUGUUUUCUAUGUCCAAAGAUGUCCCCGACAUUUGUUCAAAUUAAAACAUAGAAAUAUUCGAUAAUUCAAAUGGUGAAUUUGUUAUUUUACAAUAUUUCAAUUUAAAUUAUUAUGUUAUUUACAAUUUUAGAAGUAUUAGGGUAAACGAUAUUGCAACACGUUGUGAAUUCAAAGUGUCGGUCACCGGUGACCACCGUGGCGAUCAACGUGUUAAUACAUUUAUCUCCGGAGUUUGACAACUCUAAAAAUAUAUCUUUCUCCUAACACUUUAAACAUUCUCUCGUUUACCUAAAUUUCGUGCAGGAAUUGAAUUUGGACCGAGAUAUUUUCUAAAAAGCUCUUUCGAACGAAUUAAAAUGAAUGGUAAUAAAAUUUUGUUAUCUGGAAGGCACAGAUUUAAAGGUUCAGCGCCGUCGCCAUUUUUCCCGAAUUACGUUUUGAUACCAAAAGGAACGAUGACGACAGCGUUGAUUUCGUAGCAUUUUUCUCCGUUUCAAAUACGAGCUUUUUUUUUGUUUAUUGCUCUCGAUUGUUCAACGUUGUUAAUUUUAUGGGCAGAUGUUUGGACUUAAUUGGAGCAUUGGGACGAUGUCGCGGUUAACUUUAAUUGCGCUCUUGUCCUUAGAAGAAAUUAAGAAUAUUCGGCGACGUUUCGGUUCGAAAAGUUGUAAAAGUCGACGAAGACGAUUUAACUUCAAUCGCGUUAAUUUUAAAAUACAGUAGACUCCCGUAUGCCUUAUAGGAAAUUGUUUGGUCCAAGAAUUUUCCUCGUGUAAUACGAACAGUAUAAGAGUAACGUGGUUGGAAUGAUUAUUGUCAAUUUUUAUUUUCUAUGUUUUAUAAAACAAGGGGGUUUUAAAAAUAAACAGUACAAUUAAAAUGUUUAUGGCACUUUCUAUGUAAGCUACUGAUUUCAAAAAAAAAUUUUCACUUUAUAUAAAUUCAACGAUAGAAACAAUUUGGCCAACAAAAGAAUUUAUUGUGUAAUUAUAAUUAGUUUUAUACGAAUUCGCGUCACACGGGAAUCUGCUGUAGGGAAAUAUCGAGAACAUCGAGGGUUCGAAUUUCCAAUGUUCGAUAGCGUUGCCAAUCGCUCGAACCGUCCAAUGUCGAUUGUUAAACGAUACGUUAUUAAUCGAAUUGGCUCGAUUCAGUCCGAUCGAACUUAAUUCCAAUGUCUGUUCGCCAAUGCUCGACGCGAACGACAAGUUGAUCGAUGGCGGAUUUAAACGACGCAGAGAUACAUCGGUCGUCUGGUGCCAAAUUUCGACUAGUAGAUAGUGUAAUUCUCGAAACAAGUGCUUCCGUACUAACGAUCGUAAUAAUUUCGUGUUUCUAAGGUGAGAUGGGAAUUCUGAUCAAUGAAUCGACGUGCAAUCCGAUUUUAGUGGAUACAUUGUAAUAUACAUAUAUACGUAAAAGUCGGGGGUCAUUUAUCAAUA